UGUUGCCACAGCUGAUGCAAUAUGGCGCACAGAAAGGAAAUCUUUUUGUGGCCAAUUAAACAUCGAACAAUAUCUCUCAUAACUGUAUAGAAAUCUUGUUAUGUCGACGUUCAUCAUAUUAUAUAUAUAAUUAACUAACUGAAGAUGUUAGAAAUGGAUCACCAUCACCACGGAAUAGAGAGCGAUAUGUCAAAUUCGUUGCCACCGGAGGUUGAAGAAGGAAACAUUGAAUACAAGUUAAAAUUAGUGAAUCCAACUGAAUCCCGACUAGAGCAUUUGAUAACUCAGAUGAAAUGGAGGCUAGAAGAAGGAGAAGGGGAGGCAAUCUAUGAGAUUGGUGUAGAAGAUAAUGGAUUGUUAGCAGGAUUGACCAAACCAGAGUUAGACAAGUCAAUGGAAACAUUACAAACCAUGGCAUUAAGGCUAGGUGCCUCAACUUCAAUAUUAAGAGAAAGAACAAUAGAUGCAGAAGGGGGAGAAAAUCCAAGGCAUGCUUUAGAAAUUUUAGUCAGAAAAGUUCCAGAAGACCAACAGUUUAUUGAUUUGAGACUAGCAGUCCUUGGGAAUGUAGAUGCUGGAAAGAGUACGCUACUUGGCGUAUUAACUCAGGGAGAAUUAGACAAUGGACGAGGGAGAGCAAGACUAAAUCUGUUCCGUCAUUUACAUGAAAUACAGUCUGGAAGGACAUCCAGUAUAAGUCAUGAGAUUCUGGGUUUUAAUGGAAAAGGGGAGAUUAUAAACUACAGCGAGUCAAGAACAGUGGAAGAAAUUUGUGAAAACUCCACCAAACUUAUAACAUUGAUAGACUUAGCUGGACAUCAUAAAUAUCUCAAAACCACCAUCUUUGGAUUGACUGGUUAUGCUCCAGAUUUUGCCAUGCUUGUUGUUAGUGCAAAUACUGGGCUAGCUGGUACAACCAAAGAACACUUAGGAUUUACAUUAGCUUUAAAAGUGCCAGUAUUUGUAGUUGUAACAAAAAUAGACAAAUGUAGAAGAUUUGUGUUAGAAAGGACAGUUAGUCAACUGGAAAAAAUAUUAAAAUCUCCUGGUUGUAAAAAAGUUCCUUUAAGGAUUAAAUCUGACGACGAUGCCAUUACUGCUGCUACUAAUUUUGAUUCUGACACAAUCACACCAAUAUUUACAGUGUCCAGUGUAACUGGUAAACACUUAGAUCUGCUGACUAAAUUCCUCAAUGUUCUCCCACCAAUGAAAAAUGUUCAAGAAAGAGAAAAGUUAAAACAACAUCAUACAGAAUAUCAGAUUGACUGUAUGUUCUCAGUACCAGGGGUUGGAACUGUGGUUGGUGGUACUAUACACAGGGGUUCCAUAAAAGAAGGGGAAGCUUUACAAUUAGGACCAUUAGAAGAUGGAUCAUUUACCAAAGUUUAUGUGAAGUCUGUAUAUAGAAAUAGACUCCCUUGUCGCUUGAUACAGGCAGGACAAACUGCAACUGUUGCUCUAAACAAUGUUAAAAGAGAAGUCCUCAGGAAGGGUAUGGUACUACUAAGUCCUGAAGUACAGCCAUCAGUAUGUUACCAGUUUGAGGCUGAUGUUUUCUUAUUAUUCCAUACAAACAAAAUAACUAUAGGAUUUGAAACAACUUUAUAUGUUGGAAGUGUUUGUCAGAUCUGCAGAAUAGAAAAGAUAUAUCAAAAGGAUUCUAUAAGGACAAGUGAGAAAGCUCAAGUCCUGUUCAAAUUUAUAAAACAGCCAGAACAUAUAACUGUAGGAUCAAAGCUCUUGUUUAGACAAGGUGUAACCAAGGGGAUGGGAGAAGUUAUCAAGAUAUACUCUAUACUAGAUGAUAAUUCUAACACCUCCACCGACGAGACAGAGAACCGAAUGUUUGUGGAUAAACAGAACAGCUGAUGUUAAAUAUAUUUAGAAUAUAAAGUUAGGAUAGACAUUGUACUUAAGUAUGUCAACUUAAUGAGUUUUAUUUAAGAUUUUUAUUGAUAACCUCGUAAGCUGUGUUGCUUGAGUAAAUCUUUUUUAUAGGUUUUAUACUAAAUUUUGUUUAUGAGAAAUAAAACCUGCUCUGUUUCAGGGAAUAAUCAUUUAAGUGUUUGAGCAAAUAUUGAUGUUGUAAAAUCCUGUAGUCAGAUGUUAAUAUUCUCUUUUUGGAAAGUUGAUUCACUCUUAUCAUGUGAUUUAGUUUUGGUAUUGGUUGUACGUCAGGUUUUAUUAUAUUUAAGUAAACAAUUAUUUUAUUUAGGGACGUCUCGUUAAUUUUUGCUGUGAUAUAUUUUUUUAGGUUUAAAUUUUUAUCCUGUAGAAAGAUAUUAUUUUUCAUUUUAUCACUGGAGAUAUCAGUCAAUGAAUGAAAGUUAUAUUAAAUAGUUGAGUAAGGAUUUGGUGACUUUUUUGUCAAUUGACAAUUUUUCUUUGAACUAGUGGAGAAGUCAAACAAAAAUAAUACAUCACUGCUUCAUGUGUUCUACAUUGCACUGUAUUUCUUAUAAGUUUAUGUAGUUUUUAUUGGUUCAUUUGAGGUAUCUAUUUUUCGUGCUUGACUGGAACAUUAUCUAAUCUUUCUUAGACUAGUUUUUUAUUGCCAAUUUUUGCGAGAAUUUUUGUUGUUGUCCAUCUACCAACUGGAAUAUUCAUUAAAGGCAGUGUUAUUAUUAUUUUUUUUUUUAAUUAUUGCUUUAAAACAAGGGUAUAACUUAGAACUAUGAAAAGUAGAAGUAAUUAGAUGUUUAAGCAAGAACUAAAUCUGUUAGUGUGGGAUUAGGAAAGUUAAAAGUCUCAUUGUUACUUGCAUUUACUAUGUUGUUUUUUUUGUUUUAGAGAAAGUCUCUAAUGUGUAAUAGUAUGUUACAAUAGAUAAUUAUUUUCAGCUGUCAGCUGUCUAUUUAUUAGAUAAGUUGCCUGAAAUUAAAUUGAUCAUUUCUGACUUUGUUUCCUAUUUAUAAAAAAAUGCAUUGGGAAAUGUUUCCUAUUUAUAAAAAAAUGCAUUGGGAAACAACAGCUUGGUAGAACAAACUAUAUCCUUGCCUUUUCAAACCUUACCAAAAAAGCAUGUUUUCAUUAAUUUUUAUUGCAUAAUCAUAUACUUUGCAAUCUCUUUUUAACCAUAAAUGCUUAACAUUUUGAUGAAGUAAAAAUGAUUGUCAAAUCCUACAGAUUAUACCAUUCUGAUUCCAUUUACUUUUUGAUAGACAGGGAUACAGUUUGUUUUAUCUGUGUUAUGCUUCCCAUUGCCAAAGUAUUUAAGAUUUGAAACAAAGUCAGUAUUUUGAAAAUGGAUAAUUGUUGCAACCAGUUUCAUAAUAACGUAAUACAUCAAACUUUCAUUAUUUGUUUCAUUAAGCAAUAUUUAUCAUGGAAAAUAUGGAAUGUAGUUUAAAAAAUGUAUAAUGUGUAAAUAUUGAUCUCAAUAUGUGUGAAUGAAAAUAAGAAUGCAGAAAUUCCUCAUCUUUUUAAGAAAUACACAAUGGUACUUUUUGAUAAACUUAAGAAAAAAAAUGAUUUGACAGACUUAUAAUUCAGAUUGCUUGUUGACCUGAACAAAUAUAGACAAAUUAUAUUUUCUGAGUUAUAACUCGGAAGGGCAGCUAAUAACUCUAUAGACGUAAUUUUCUCGGUUACAUUUAGCUGUAUCUUUCAAAAGCCAUCAAUAAAGUAAAAAAUGAAUAACACAAUUUUUUUGAAAAGGAAUUUAAGAUGAAGGAUGAGAAAAUGAAUAUAUUUUAUGUUCAAAACAUAAUUUGUGUACUAGUAUGCUAAUUAAACCAAAAUGUGUGAAAAUGAGUUCUAUAAAUACACAAUGUGUGUUGGUGAGUUCUAUAAAUACACAAUGUGUGUUGGUGAGUUCUGUUUGUUUGUUUGAUCAUGUUAUCAGUGUAUUGAAUAUUGCACAACAAUUAUAUAAAUGGCAAUUGUGUAUGUAUGUAUUUAUAUGUACAGAGUUUUGUUUAGUUAUUGCAUAUUUUUGUUUUUAGAUACUGUGACUUAAAACCAGUUAUAUUUAUGUUUCAUUUAAAUUUAUCACUGUUUCAUUUAAAUUUAUCACUCUUUCAUUUGGAUUGCUAUUGGUUUAGUGCCAUUCUGAGAUUUUCAAGGUGUAUGUGCACCAAGAUUUUAACUGUUCAACAAAAUGCAUAUUUUCUCUCAACAUAAUGAAAAAUUUGUCAAAACAGAAAUGAAUUUUCGAACUGUCCUCAAAAUAAUUGAAUCCACAGUAUAAUGCCAAAUGCAUUUUAUGCCCAUAAAAUCCUUUUAGAUUUAGUGUUAUAUCCAUUAGAUUUCAUCAGUGGUUAACAUUUUUUUUAAAGUGUUGUUUAUGGUAUAAACAACUUAAUUGCCAAUGCAAGAUUGAUUUCAGUGUGUAUAGCUUUAUAAAAUUUUAUUCAUCGAUUUAUUUACCAAUCACCUAUUUUGAUUUUGGUGUGCCCUCAUUUUGAAGUAAGAAAAUAAUACUUAGUUCUUUGAUAUGCAGUAUACAUGAAAUGAAAACCAGUAUUAAGAAGUACACACAAACCAGAUUAUUAUCUUGAUAUUGCAUUUCGUAUAUGAAACUUCUUAUUUUUGUAACUAAACAUUGGAUAACUGUAGUGAUACUGUUAGAUAUAAAUUUUUAGAACUUUCUUACAAAUUUUCAAUGUGUUUACCCUCAAGUUUUCAUUUAUGGAUGCAAAAUAUUUUAUUUAUAAUUUAUUUAUUUGAUGUGCCUUAAUUUCAACAUGUUAUAAUUUUAAUCUUAUGUUUCUCUGCAAUGAGAAAAUACAAAUUAUGUUUGGCAUUAACCAUGUUCUAUUAUAGCAAAUUUUCAAUUAAUUUUUAGCUUGUUUUAUUUUAAUUUGACCAUUUAAGUUUGAUCUUUGUUGAAGUAAACUUGUUAAAGAGUUA